CUGGACACUGAGAGCAAAAUGCCCAACUUUACCUCCUCAUCGAAAUUUCUGCUGCUGGAAUUUUCAGACAUCCAAGAACUACAGAUCUUAUACUUCUUUGUGUUCCUCACCGUAUACUUGAUUGCUGUUACUGGCAACCUUCUCAUCAUCAUUUCUGUAGCCCUUGACCAUCAUCUGCAUACCCCCAUGUACUUCUUUCUAAUGAACUUGGCUAUUCUGGAUCUUGGCUCAGUUUCUGUCAUGGUACCCAAAGCUAUGGCCAAUUCCUUCCUGAAGAGCAGGUCCAUUUCCUAUUUAGGAUGUGUUGCUCAAGUUUUCUGCUUCUUUCUAUUUACAGCAGCAGAUCUUGCCAUCCUUACAAUAAUGGCCCAUGAUCGGCAUAUUGCUAUCUGCAAGCCAUUGCAAUAUGAGACAAUUAUGCACAGAGGAGCCUGCAUUCAGAUGGCCGUAAGCGCAUGGGUUACCGGAAUAGUUUAUGCCACAUUACAUACUGGUGGCACUUUUGCCAUCACCUUCUGUUCCAACAUGAUUAAUCAAUUCUUCUGUGAAAUUCCACAGUUACUUAAACUCUCCUGUUCAGGCUUAUAUCUAGUUGAAGUGGGACUUAUAAUAUUUAGCAGUCUCAUAGCUGUAGGAUGUUUUAUCUACAUCAUUAUAACUUACAUACAGAUUUUUGCUACAGUACUCAGAAUGCCUUCCAUGCAUGGUCAGAAAAAAGCCCUCUCUACUUGCCUUCCCCACCUUACUGUAGUGUCUCUGCUUAUCUUUAGUGGACUCUUUGCCUAUGUGAAGCCUCCCGGUAACACUUCUUCAGAGCUGAAUGUGAUUUGUGCAGUGAUUUAUGCUAUAUUACCUCCACUGCUGAAUCCAUUCAUCUAUAGCAUGAGGAACAAAGAAAUCAAGACGGCAUUGUUAAAACUCAUUGAUUUGUUCAUUUUUUCCAAAAAUGGCUCCAGCAAAGUCCUAAUAAAAUUUGGUUGA